AUAAUCCACAACUAACACCCUAUCUUUCCUUUGUCGUAUUCACCAUUACUCUUGGUGCCUUUCAAUAUGGUUAUCACAAUGGCGAGCUGAACACUCCUCAACAAGUCAUUUCAAAAUGUGAUUCUGAUGACAUAACCCUUCCUCGACUACCAAUCUGCAUACCGAUGCCCGACAGCCAAUACUCACUUGUAGUAGCAAUGCUCACUGCUGGUGGCCUAAUCGGUGCCCUUUCUGCCUCUUAUUUUAGUGACCGGUAUGGUCGCCGCCAGACACUAUUUGGCACGAAUGUUUUAUUGGGUCUGGGAUCCUUGAUGAUGUCCCUGGCUGUCACUCCUGGUAGUUUGAUGGUCGGUAGAUUUGUAGCUGGUCUUGGUAGUGGUGUAGUUACAGUGGUAGUUCCGGCCUAUAUUGCUGAAUGUGUGCCUAAAGCCAGCCGCGGGUUCUUUGGCACAUUAAAUCAACUUGCUAUCGUGCUUGGAAUUCUGGUAGCGCAGGCUGUCAGUAUGAUCUGGUCUACCCCUAGCACAUGGCGCUUUAUCUUGCUUGUCGGAUUUAUUUUGGCUGUACUUCAGUUCUGUCUCCUACCCUGGUGUGUAGAGUCUCCACGACUGUUGUUUUCCAAGCCUAAUGGAUGGAAUCGAGCAAAAGCCGCCCUUGUGCGUCUUCGUGGGGUGCCUGAUGAAACAAUUGAGGAAGAAAUCAAAACAUGGCGUAAGGAACAAGCACAAGAAGAGGAUUCUCUCGUUAGUCCAGCACAGCCUGUUACUGUGUAUCGUUUUAUUACUCUUGCUCGUUACCGCUACCCUCUAUUUCUUUUGCUAUUGAUUCAAUUAUCUCAACAGCUGUCUGGUAUCAAUGCAGUCAUUUUUUAUUCUACCUCUAUCAUGUCUACUGUUUUCCCAGAGUCAUCUGACAAAAUCACCCUCUUUAUUUCUGUCGUUAAUCUGGCUAUGACACUUGUAUCAGCCUAUCUUAUGGACCGUGCCGGACGCCGGACUCUGUUUCUGACCUCGUGUGGUCUUAUGUCUUCCAUGAGCCUUCUUUUAGGCUGGAGUAUCGAAACAGGCCAUGAAAUCACAUCUGCAUGCGCCAUCAUUGGCUUUGUGGCUGCCUUUGCUAUCGGCCUAGGUGCCAUUCCGUUUCUCAUGAUUCCAGAAAUUGUCGAGGCGCCAGCCGUUUCAAGCGCUGCUUCAGUUGCACUUUCAGUUAAUAUGAUCUCCAAUUUUGCUAUCUCGGCUGGGUUCCUUCAGUGGAGAAGCGUUCUGGGUGAAGGGCAGGUAUUUUAUCUGUUUGGUGGUAUCUUGAUUGUACUUGGCUUCAUAGCCUACUGUAUUUUGCCAGAGACUAAGGGUAGAAGCGCAGAGGAGGUUGUUAGAUCACACUGGUCUAUCUAUGCCCCCGCUUAUCAGCCCAUUAUUGGCCAUGAGGCCUAGCUUUCUCUUUCUUUUUUCUUUCUGUUUGAUGACAAUAAAAUAAUAAUAAUUAAAAUGGUACU